AUGGCCGUGUAUGGUGGUGGCAUGCUCAACAAGAGCGAUGCAGAGAUGGCUUUGAUCAAGCCGAGACAGGUGCCAGAAUCCAAAAUUGGAGUAGUUGGCAUGUCCAAACUGGUAAAAUCAAUUGUAGCUUAUCUGAUUACAACAGCAACUGAGGCAGAAAGGAACCCCGGGCCUAAGCGCGAGGUGCGAAGCAAAGCACAGGUUUCAUCGAUUCAAGCCACAUUUAUAAACUAUGCUGCAAGUGAACUGAAUACAACAAAUUUUAGAACAUUUAUAGCAAAUUCAAAGAAUAUAGCUCAUCUAAGCAGCAGGUGA